AUGCGACGACAUCGUCAAAUAGCUUUACUUGGGUUUCCAGGUGUUGGUAAAUCUUCACUUGCUCAUCAUUUUGUUUAUAAACAAUUUUAUAAUGAAUAUGAUCCAAAUAUAAAAACAAAUCUUUACUAUCAAUGUGUUAUUGAAGGUGAAGAAUAUGAUUUAGUUAUUGUUGAUAAUGCUGGAUCUGAUCAAUAUACAUUAAAUCAUAGUGAUUUUGAUACAAGUGAUGCAUAUGUUCUUAUUUAUGCUAUUGAUGAUAGACAGAGUUUUGAAAUGGUAUCAAAAAUUCGAGAUAAAAUAAUUUCAACUAGUCCUACAACUCGAAUACCAAUUGUUCUUGUUGGAAAUAAAAUUGAUCGAAAAGAUGAACGAGUUGUUUCAAGUGAAGAAGGUCGAUUAUUGGCUCGUGCAUGGAAUGUUCAUUUUAUUGAAGCAUCAGCUAUGAAUUUAGAGGCUGUGAAAAAAUUGUUUGAAAAAAGUAUUCAUGCUAUGAAUUAUAUUGAUCCAACAGAAGAUACAAACGAAGAUAAUUCAACUGAAAAAUAUACUAAUGAUAUUAACUCAACAUCAUCCUCUCGGAAUGGUUUCAAUAAAAAACCAAAUGGGAAUUUAUCAACCAAAGAACAAUCAUCAAAAACAAUAUGUACUAUUUCAUGA